UCGGAAUAUUUGUUCCAUUUCAGUGAUUAUGUUGCAAUACUUUGUUGAUGAACUAGAUCCACCAAGCCAUACAGAAUCAGACUCAUGGAAGAGGAUGUCAAAAUGCAAACCGAAGAUUUAAAAUUUUGCAUUAGCCAUUCAGCAAAUGUUCAACUAUGUAAUGGGAACAGGUCUGCACAGAUUGUUGGUGGAUCACGUGUUUUACGUACCUGUCCUUCGUUAGUGUCUGGUCUGAGGAACAAGCUGAUAGUUGAAGGUAAAGGGAAGAUCAACAUCUUUUUGACACAGAAUCAGGAGUCGUUUGCACGACAAACGAAAAUAACACUAGAAAAAACUUCAUAUGACACACAUGUUUAUUGCAUGCAACUUCAGGAUGACGUUUGUUCAGAGGGUUCCUGUUAUUACAACUUUGUCGUGGAAGAAGAAAGCAAGUUAGGCAGUGAACACACCAAACAGGACGAAAGAUUUAGAGAACGAACAAGGGAAACCAUGGUUACUUCUCUUGGAACUGGAGGGAAAUAUCACUAUAGUCACCAUGGUAACUGAGGGUGGCCGAAAGGAGGAUCGACUGACAUUUGUUGAUGACGGAGACUAUUCUGAUCACUUCAGUGCGGACAAAUCUACAUAUAGAAGUGAUAUCGAACCAACAGAGGUUUGUUUUGGAGAUAGAUCAUUGAACCAACACGAUAAAGUGAUGUUGCAGGUGACAAGAUCAGAGCCGAAUGGAGUCUGUGAGAUAGCAGUGUUGUCUGAGGAGCAUUUCAGUCGUUUGACUUCAACAAACAAUAGUUUCAGAUAUAGGAAACUUUUGAAAUCCUUUCCAAACGUUCUUCUACGAAGUAACAUUCUCCGUGAUCCAAUGACAAGGCAAAUUGUGGUCACGGUACCGAUGGCAAAGUCCGGAAGACCAGUGUUCAUUUUUUCCGGUUGCACGUUGGAUUUACGUUCCGAUAUUUCCAGUCGCGGAGUGGGCGAGGUGACUACACUGAAGGAAAUCGACGAGACAACAAACAAAGAAGAAGAACCGUUGUGUCAGGUACAGAGGACGCUUGCCACUCUCGAGAUGAAAUGGAAUCAGAAAGAAAAAGAUGAUCAGGAACAUCAAAGGAAACUGAUGGAUCAGAUGAAGGCUAGUCGCAGUGAGACCGAACUGCAGUCAGCUUCUCUGGUAGAAUUGAGAGAGCGGCAAGUUGACAUAUUGAAAAAUGUUGAGGUUACGCGGGGGACAGUUGAAAACACAAGUGGCAUGGUUAAGAGAAUCAGCAGCAGACUGAACAAUCGGUUAAUUGUAACCAAGGGAACUAACGACAAAUCACUCGAACUGUUAAGCAAGUACAUCAAUCCAAACUUCCAAAGAAUUAAGAAAGCUCUGGAUGAAAAUGAGUUUAUGGAUUAUUUACGUCAGUACGAAGUACUAACUGGGGAUCAACACGAGGAGAUCAGAAGCAGGGAGAGUAGCGAACGAAGACGUCAGAAGCUACUGGAUAUUCUAUGCAAAAAGCCAGUGAGUAAACUACCGAAUGUGAGGAAAGCUCUCCAGGAAAGUGGAAAUGGUGACCUUCUUCAAUAUUUCAAAGAAUGUGAAAAUUGAUAUAAACAUAAGUGAAAAAAGGGCUCAAUAUUAACUGUUUGUGUGAAAAAAUCAGCUUCUGAACAAGGCAGAACAAAACAGAUCGUCGGCUACUGAUUCCUUGGUUAAUUAUGUAAAACACUGACAUUGUAACGCUGUAUAUGUUAAAACAAGUUCUGACAAUGUAUUGUUUUUACUUCAAUGUACGUCUGAACAAUUAUAAGCUUUUGAUAUCGAAGCGAUCUAUGUUUGCAUAACAUUUUUUUUCUUUAUUUGAAAUGAGGACGUCGAACAAACUAACUUCCAUUUGUUUUAUCAGAAUUUUUGUGGAUAUUUAAUGUGCAUAUGAGUCAAAAUUUUACAAACAAUCAAAAUUGAUAUUUAGCAAGAAAUGUUUCUACUUGUUAACGUGUAAACACAUCAGUCGCCUCCCACCACAUUGGGCUGGACACAGUAGUCUUAUACUAAGUUAUAACCAUGCGUUGUUUGUACAUUUUGUUAGGUGUUUGGCACGAUCAUAAUUGACGUUCGAGUAUAAAUCUGUUAAGUUUAUUAAGAAAACCAGUGUGCAAAAUAAGGUAAUUUUCUUCAAAGUGUCGUCAAAAUAUCACACGACAGGAUAGCCCGAGUUUCCUACACCAGACAUGGUGUCAGGGCCGGAGGAAACUCGGGUUAACGACAGGGCUAUCAAACAGUUAAGCUUUUCUCAGCAAGUGCAUGGAAUACAUUUUGAAAAUAUUAAAAUGAUAAAUCUAUCAUCAAAUCUAUUUUGCAUUCAGAUCCUUAACUUGCUAGUUAUACAUGUUUGAUUAGUUAAGUACAUUUGACUAAACAAAAAUCUUUAUCCGGUUCGCAGAAUAUCGGACAAGAUACAAAAAUCAUUGAAAAAUCAGUGUAAUGGUGACGAAACUUCGAAUGAUAUUUCACAUCUGUAAGUUUUUUACCGCCGAGAUAGCCCAGUCGAUUACAGCGCCGGCCACUUAACCUCAGGUCAAGGUCUGAAUGCAUCUGCAUAAUCAAUUAGAUAGUUUAUAUAUUUAUAUGUAACUGGUCAUGUAGUAAAAACGAUAUUCAGACAAGUAUAUUAUCGAAUUGAUUUCGAUAUGUGAUCGUUUGUAAUUUACUUGUGUCUUGAUAAAGGGGAGGAUUGCCUCGAAAAUUCUACAAUUUACUUGUGUCUUGAUAUAGAAAAUACGACAAUUUACUUGUCUGUCCUGUCGUUAUAACUACAUGACCAAUUGUCUUUUUCUAGUUGUUAGGAUCAAGUACCUAUAUUGGACCAUACCGUCGUUGUUACUUACUAGACCAUGCUUAUAUGUAUAGAAAUAUAAGCAGUUAAUUAAAUAUACAGUAUAUGUGUGCAAUAUGAAUGGAAUCUUAUCUUACAUUUUUGUUAAUUCAAGACUAUUUUACCAUUAGGAUUUUUCUGAUAAUUAUAUUAUUCCAAUACUCGGGUCAUUUUUCAUAAUAACCAUGAUACCAAUAACCAUAUGAAGGAAGGUAACUCUUGCAUCUUUAGUGAAGGAAACCGAAACAGGCUGGAUUUUUGUGUGUGUAUGAAAUCUCCAGGAGCGAGACACAUUUUUAAUGGUUUUUAACACACCAGGAUAUACAUGUAUAUAACCAAAAGUCUUACCUCCUCUCACCUUCAUAUUCCCCUCUCUUCCCUAUUUUCCAUCACCCUCACCCCCCCCCCCCCCCCCCCCCCCCCCCCCCUUUCUCUCUUCCUUUCUCUGUAGCUAUUUUUAUAUGUGUUUUGUUUUUGUUCUGCUGUUCUUUGUGUUUUGUCCGAUUCUAUAUGUCUUCAUGUUGUAUGCGAGUGUGAAUGUAAGGUGGGCUGGAUCUAACAUAAUUAUAGAUCAGUUAAACUGUUCAAAUGUGAAAAUGAAGAAAAUUGUGAGCGAGUAAUUAUAUAAUUGUACUUUAACAUUAAUAUUGGUUUAUAUUCAUUUUAAAUAAAAUACUUAUUACAUGUUAUUUAUCGGCAAAGCCGUAUCAGACUGGUUUGAAAAAUCUGUGUCAUAUACGGUAUCGCAGUUAAUGCGUAUUUUUAUUUUCUUUUUUUCCCCUUUGUUUCUUUUAUUGGUCAGAGCUUGUUUGUUUACAAUUAUGCGGCCAGACCGAGUAAAUUAGACACAUUAUUGAUCUCUACCCUAUUGAUCUCUUUCCCUCUCUUUUAUUUUAAUACAGGCUGACCAAGUAUUGUAGGUUUAUAAUAUAUAAUAUAUAUUUAUAAUAUUUGUAUUAGUAAACAUUCCACGUUUAUGUUGUAGAAACUUCACACUUUUAACACUAAAUGACAAGACGAAACGGCAUACUAGUAGUCAUCCCUAAGCCAUUUGUUUGUUCAAUUCUGUUUAGAAAGAAAAAAAAAAUGUCAAUUUUGCCGGUUAUCUCUUUUUAAAGAUAUUUGUUGUUGACCAUUAACCUAAGAUUGCUCAACAACUGAUUAUGAGAAUAAUCAAAACUUUUUUUGUGCAAUACUACUGUUAUUACAAAUAACUACUAAUUUUAUAUUAAUAAUAAACAAUUAAAUUUUA